AUGUCUCUGAAGCUUGCUGUAUUACCGGUUGGCCGGUACCAACCGAAAUGGUUGGAUGAUCAAGUCUCAAAACCCAGCUUAAAGAUUUAUGGUGUUCCACUGGAAAGUGGUACAUUCAGAUUUCGUUUGGAUGCUCGAGAUCGCAUUAAUCAGUUAGCAUCAGCACCAUUUGAAGUGGAAGUUGCUGAAAACGAUAAGUUGUCAAAGCAUGAAUUUGUGUUUGAAACUGCGUUUCCGUACGAAGCUCUUAUUAAACCAAGAGAACGUUUGAAGUUUUAUGAAAAACUACAGAAUUUGGUAAAGUCAUUGACUAAUGGAGGGCAACUUCAACCUGUUAUACUAAAGGCGAUUGAAAAGCGAAAGGGUGGAGCAUCUAGAGUGCUUUGGGUUUAUCCGACAUCAAAUGGCGGCUGUCCAGUGGAAUUUCUGAAUCUUCGAGAGAGGGAUAUGGUACAGGGCAGUGGUGUGUCGACAAAAGUUCAUGAUCAUAUGGGUUCCGAAUUUCGUAUAAAAAGUGCUAAACUGAGACUUCUAGGAGAAUGCAAAGUUACAAAGACCGAAAGUGUUGAAAAUGUUACAAUAACUGCCGUAACGGCAUAUGAACCAACUGUAACUUUUGGUGGUUUUCCACUAUUACUACCUUUGGCAAUUGCAACUGUGGUACUUUUAUUGCUACUUAUUUGUUUUACCACAUGGUGUAUCCUAAGACGAAAAAACCCCAAAACAGUGCAGUCAGAGUUUGUUUCUAAAGGUCUUCCGGUAGUAUUUCCGGAGGAGAUACCGCAAGAAGACGAAACAGCAAAUGCUUCAACGCCAAUGCUUGUUAAAGAAGAGCGGCCACCGUUGGUUUUUUCUCAACAUGAAAAUCCAUUAUAUAAGCCGCCACCUGCACUUUCCACAGCAUCGAGUCCACGUCCUCGAAAUACUCCGACAAACCAGAGACUUCCACCACCAUAUGUACCACCAUGA